AUGUCGACAACUUUACUUGAACUUGUCAAUGAUCCAUUGGUCCAACAAUUUGAUUUAUCAAGUGUUGAUAUGAUUAUAAGCAGUGGAACUCUGUUAAGUAAUAUAUCGGAAAGAAAAUUUUAUGAAAUGUUUAAAAUACCAAUUUUUCAACUUUAUGGCCUUACCGAAGCGUCUAUUAUAACUCAUCCUGAUAUAACGAAGAAUGCAGUUCCAGGUUCUAGUGGUAUUCUUUUUCCAAAUAUGAAAGCUAAAAUAUUAUCAGAAGACGACCGUGAAUUGGGAUACAAUGAACCUGGGGAAUUUUGGGUUCACGGUCCAAAUGUUAUGAAA